AUGCCAUUUCCGUUGCAUCUCUUAUGUGAACUCCUCAGUGAACUCGAAAGAAAUCACACGAGGUCUUUCAGUAUUCAGAAGACCCAGGACUUCGAUGUGCGCAGUCUUGUUGGCUGGUUCGACAAACAUGAUACAGCCAUCCCACGUCUAGGGUCAGAAGCCGUGGCAUUCUUGUCAUGCCUCUUUCCCGAACGCAGGCCGGACCGAGUUUUCGGCUUGUCAAAAAUUCAGCUCGAAAGGAUUGUCCAACAAGCACAAUGUCUUGGAUCGUCCCGAAUGAAGGAGCUACAGAUAUGGCAAACCAGGAACGGCCCGGACUUCGCAACUUGUGUUGAGCGCGUUAUGGCUAUAACGGACUGCGAACCAAGGAUGGGUCCGAAAGUGACUCUGCAAGAACUUGACGAUGUGCUCGAUCGGAUUGCAGCCUUCUCACCUUUCUCGUCCGCUGAUCUGCGAGAAGAAACUGAGCGGAAAUACCGUCAACCCUGCAGCAGCUCGGACGAUCUGCUCAUCAGUUUGUUCCGAAGAUUGAACAGCUUUGAGGCCAAAUGGCUGGUUCGCAUGCUAUCCAAAACUACAAUCCGGCCUCUGUCCCAGAAAGACUGGCGAUGGGCAGAUUUCAUCCGUUUUGUGGAAUCUCCUCCGUUUUCAGAAUUCAAUCCAAGUUGCCGUAAGUAUCCUAGGGGGACUUGA